AUGUUUGAGGUGCCUGUACCUAUAAAGAAGGUGUUUGACACCUUUCCAUUGUACACAUAUAAUCCUAUUCCCAAUACCACGCCUUCUAAUAUUCAAUCUAUCGAAUCUAACAAGUUUUAUUUUACAUCCAGCAAUGACCAGGCCGAUGAGAGUGCAUGUUUUACUUUAGGAGUACAUAACAUAUAUCUGGUAACUACAGCUAAUGGAGAAAAGAAAAUACCCUCGGACCCUAUUUCCUUAGGGCAUUCAUUAAUUUUAUGUCAUAAAAAUGGCCUUCAGUUACCAACUUGUGGUGAUAAAACUGGUAAUAAAUCGAAGCAUUCAAUAAUGAAAUUAUCGUAUCAUGCAUCACCGGAUAAUCAAUUGCCAAUACUCAUUGAGGACGACCUCAAGUCACAAACCCGCAACAUAAGAUCUGCAUUAUCGAUGAAUCAAUCUGUUAAAGUGAAUAACAAAUUUUCUGAGAAUGCCCUGGCUCGUAUAAUUAACGAAUUAGUGGAUGCAGAGCUUGCUGAUUUAUGGAUAUUAUGUCUCUUGAGUGACUUACCGAGCUCUAAUCCUCUUGUAUUUAACAAAUUGUUCAGAUUAGACGAAGAAAUUACAAACUCAACUUUCACGAAUAAAAUCACAAUCAUGUCGAUUUUGAAUGAAAUACCUAAAUGGGGUUCAUUUAAAACAAGAUACUCUUAUUUAUUCGACCAUUCUAGAACUAAGUCGUUAAUUAAUAUGCCGCUGAGAUUACAAUCGGAGGACAUAUUGGAAGUGUUUGCUAAUACAAAUAAUGAAUCUAUCAGAAAGGCGUACAAUGACAAAUUGAAAGAAUUUGAAAUAAAUUUAGAAUUGCUAAUUGAUUACAUAGAAAACGAGUCAAGUGAUCAAAAGAAGAUUAUUGAGUUGAAGUUGGUUGGUUUUGUUAUCAUUAUUGAUUCAUUAUUGGAUAAUACCGAAUUACAUGCGGUUAUUUCCAAGGGCAAAUUUAGCUCUUUCGUUAAACUUUGUUACGAAAUUAUAGGUAAAUAUUAA